AUGUCUACCGCCGACAGGGGUGCUCCCCUCUUCGAUCACCAAAGGGACUAUAACCAUGCUACGGAUAAUACAUACAAGAACUUGCGUGACAAGGCUGACCAGAUGUACGAGAAGCGUAAGAAGCUUUCCAACCAAUCGCAGCAGGCAUACCAGAAUGGUGAUGGACAGAAAGCCCAUGAGCUUAGUGAAGAGCUGAAGAAGGUUUUGGCUCAAGCAGAGAGUUAUAACCGUCAGGCGGCAGAGUACGUUUUCCGUGAAAACAACGCAGACCUGGCUGAAGAUGAGAUUGACUUGCACGGGCUCUAUGUUAAAGAAGCCGAAUGGAUAAUGCAAAAGAGAUUGUCUGAAUGUAUCAAGACCCACCAGUCUCACUUGAGAGUUAUUGUGGGUAAAGGCUUGCACCUGGAGAACGGUAUUGCUAAGCUUAAACCGGCCAUUGAGGAUUUGUGCCGUGAGAGUAAUUUGAAACACCAUAUCGACCCCAAAAACACUGGUGUGAUGGUCAUUGACCUUGCCAACUCCCAAGGUCUGCUUCCGUCCCACUGGGACCAGUCCCCAAUUUCCCAGCCUCUGUACCACCAACAACAACAGCCUCAAUACCAGCAGCAGGGUCAUGGGCCAAACAAGUACCAGAACAUCAAGACAGGCAACUCUCUUGUGGACGGCUUGUUGCGCUUGUUCUGCCAGUGUAUCAACAAGUGA